CCAAAAACUCACCAUUGCUUUCCUCCCCCAGGAAUGGCAACACACCAUGUCCGCCAACGGCUGGGUCUUCCUGACCGGCAUCGUGGCCCUCGAAUUCCUCAACCUCAUCCCCGCCUUCCGCUUCUUCAGAGUCGACAACUAUGCUCAUCUGGGCGGGUAUCUCACUGGGACUAUCUUCGCCCUGGCUUAUAAGGAUCAGCAGAGGAGGAAGAGGGAGGAGAUGCCUUGGUUCAAGAGGGCUUUUCUGGAGUAGACUUUGCUUUUUGAUUUUGUUGGUUUGGGUGUGAUGUGUUUGGUGGUUGUUGUUUUCAUUCUCUACUCUUGUUUUACUAGCUGGCGCUUUUUGUUAGGUAGGCACUGUUGUUUGUGUGCUGCUUUGUAUUUAUUAUUAUUCAUAACGUGGAAAUAUGGUAAAUAUCUGAUCACGAAAGAAGGACGUAAAUCUAGACUACCCACAGAAGUCUCAACCUGCCUAAUUGACAAAUUGACUUCUUUUUUGAUACUCAGUUCUUCCACUAUGCUUUCAACAGACAUCUUUCUUGUCUUUCAAAUAAGGUCUACUAUCAGUGAGAUACUCCAAGCCCCCCAGUAUGACGUAAAUAUUCAUCCAUAUUUGUCAGGGUUACCACCAGUGAAUGUAGUCCACAGCUCAACACUGACUUUCCUAAUUUGGCCGAGCAACCAACACCCCCAAAACAACAAAACACGUCCAGAUCUGCUCUUCUAGAAGGUUACGCUUCGUAAGUAGACCCGCGGUUCAUCGCUCGACGCACUGCAUCGCAUGGGUCUACCCCGGAUUGUUAGUCGUCGUGGUUUUAUACCCAAGA